UCCAUCGAGAACGAUGCUGAGACUGAGGGCGGGAUCCGCCAUAGCCACUCUUUCUCUCAACCAAUUUCCAUCUCUCUCUUCUCUGCGAGCUCCUGUUUCUCUCACACUCUCUCGUUCGCACGCUAAGGGGAGACUGCUCCGUCUACGAUCACUAUCCGUCUCUUCGUCCUCCGCAGUUUCCAUCAACGCGCCGCCGCCGAGAACAGAUGGUGUUAUCGAUCCUAAAUACCUCUCCUGCUCGCUGCCGGAGAAGAAGCCUCUCAAGGUGGCCGUUUUGGUCAGCGGUGGCGUCGAUAGCAGCGUCUCUCUCCGCCUCCUCCACGCUGCUGGACAUUCCUGCACCGCUUUCUAUCUCAAAAUAUGGUUCCAGGAAGACUUUGAGAACUUUUGGUCCGAGUGCCCGUGGGAGGAGGAUCUGAAAUAUGCAAAAGCUGUUUGUGAUCAGGUUGACGUACCUUUGGAGGUAGUGCAUUUGACUGAUGAAUAUUGGAAUAAUGUGGUAUCAUAUAUUAUUAAUGAAUAUCGAUGUGGAAGAACUCCAAAUCCAGAUGUCCUUUGCAAUACAAGAAUAAAAUUUGGUGCAUUUAUGGAUGCUAUAAGUGAAAUGGAAUUUGACUUUGUUGCUUCUGGACAUUAUGCAAAGAUUGUUCAUGCAUCUUCGGAUCAACCACAUGAGCCUUCUGUUCUGGAAUUGUCAAAAGAUAUGGUAAAGGACCAAACAUACUUCCUUUCACAUCUCACACAGGCUCAGCUUAAGCGGCUUCUUUUCCCUCUUGGAUGUAUACCAAAGGAAGAGGUGCGUAAACUUGCCAAAUCAUUUGAUCUCCCAAACCAAGACCGUAAAGAUUCACAGGGAAUAUGCUUCCUUGGCAAGAUAAAGUUCAGUGAAUUUGUUGCAAGACACAUUGGCGAGGAAGAAGGGAUUAUAUUGGAAGCUGAGACAGGAGAUUAUCUUGGAAAACACAGAGGUUUUUGGUUCUACACUAUUGGCCAACGACAAGGUUUACGACUUCCCGGAGGACCCUGGUAUGUUGUGGAGAAAGACACUACGAAUAAUGUAGUGUUUGUGUCAAGAAACUAUUUCUCUGUCGAUAAGAAAAGACGUCUAUUCCGUGUUGGAUCCUUGAAAUGGCUCAGUGGGAGCUCUCCUGGAAAUAUUACUCAACUUCAAUGCAAGGUUCGUCAUGGCCCCAAUUUCUACAAUUGUAGUAUGGCGAUGGAAGUUGAUGACAAUGGCCAAGAAAUUGCUGUUGUCCAGUUAACCGAAGACGAUCAGGGUCUGGCAGCUGGACAGUUUGCUGCAUUCUAUGAUGGGAGGGCCUGUAUUGGCUCAGGCGUGAUCUUGGAGUCUUGGGACGAUCAAGGAUAUCCUGUUUGCGAGAGGGCUCUUGAAAUAGCAAGAAUGGAGGAUAAGUCCGUGCUUGGUAAACCUGUGAAAAUAAUGGUUAAACCGGAAAUUAGUCUAAAAGAAUCCGAUCACAAAGAUCAAAGUAAGAAUCCUGAACCUGUUCAUUCUGAAAUUACAUCCCAGAAUAUGACAACAAUCCCCCAUCAAGAAGAGAACCCCAGAGAAUUAAAUUUGCUGGGGUGGCUAAAACAGAAGUUGUUACAAGCUUUCUAGGACGUGUAUAUAUAUACCUACGAUAUAUCAAGGUUGAUCAUGGCACUGACUCAAAUUUGCACCUGCCAUCUCAAGAAAUGGACUCCUGCGCUGGGUAGGAGCCGAAGCAUGCUGGUUCAGGAACAAGAGGUUGAUCAUGGUACUGACUCAAAUUUACCAACACUUCCUGCAUUCUUUGAUGAUUCACCGCCAUAUUUCACUGCGGUUACAGAGAUCUAUGAGCAGGCAUUUUCGGCAGCAGUGUUUCUACCAUAAAAGAGAAGAAAACAUGGUAUAUAACAAUGGUAAUAUAAUAAAUGCUGUUCUCUUGCCCUUUGAACAGAGUGCUGGUUUCUCCAUGGAAAAUGCUGAAGGGUAUUGCCCAUCUUGUUGAUAUGCUUCUUACAAAAAGAGAUCAUAAUACUGCUUCCAUGUCGUUAGUUCUUAACUAUUUAUGUUCUCGAUUAUAAUGUCGCUUUUACAUUUUGUCGCUUUUACAUUUUGUUCUCGAUUAUAAUGUCGCUUUUACAUUUAGUUCAUAACUAUCUCUGAUGUCGAUUAUAAUAUUGCUUUUACGUUUAGUUCUUAA